UCGUGCAUCUCUCUCAUGCGGGUGUUCCAUUUCUUCUCUCGUUGCUUGCAUCUGAUCGACCUUUGCGCAACCUCACGUACGUCGGUUGCUGCAAGAUCUCACCUGUUCUUCACCAUCCGAAGAAGCCGUAAACGCACCAGUCUUGUGGCGGCACUGUUCGACAGUUCUGGGGUGGCUGUUGUUCAUUCUCGCUGGUGUGGCUGUAAAACGUUUGCCUGGCGAUUCCGUAACAGGCAACUUAUACCAAAGGACACCAUGCGGUGCGAGAGAAUAAGGUCGUACUAUAACGGAUUCUAUGCUACGCUUGUCAUAUUAUGGAAUAUUCAGUUUUCCGAAUCCACAUUUUCGCGGCUUGUGACCCCAUGUGAGACGCCCUUUGGUACCGGCAGAUGUGUGGCCGACCGGAAGUGCUGCCAGGAUUUCGGUGGAAUAAUAUUCACCAGCGACGGAGUGCAGACACCCAAGAAGGAACUCAUACAGUACCGGAUAGCCGGUAUUAAUGCCCCGAAAAGCUUCGUGGCGGCCGACAAUGACGACAUGGACGAUGAUAAUUCGCCCGGUCACAUCUUCCCAAGGGCCAAUGUCAUCGGGUGCGAAGAUACCGAAGUCUGCUGCUAUCUGCAGCCGGUUGCGUCAUCGGAACGCGAAGCAUCAGCGUGCAGUGUGUGUGGUGCCCGCGGAGACGGUGACAAUCAGAUUGUCACUGGAAAUGUAAACGAUAUUGAAAUACCGUCCAGGCAGGGAGAUCUGUUCCAAGUAGCAGAAGGCGGUUCCCAAGUUAAUCCCAUUCCAACACAACCCACCACGACGACCACGACAACAACCACCACAACCACAACGACAACGACAACCACCGCCAAACCACUGCCGCCACGAAAAGUUAUCCCCAGAAUUUUCGACUACACCUACGCCUUCGACUACUCGAAAAUGGCUCGUAUUAUUAACGGUCGCAACGCCAACAAGAACGCCAACUGCUGGCAGGUGGCUUUAUCCAAUGCCAGCGGCGUUUUCGGAUCAGGUGUUUUACUGGACCAUCACACCAUUUUAACCGUCGCCCACAAAGUGGCCAACUUCAAACGCACCCAGUUCAUCGCCAUCCUGGGUGCUUACGAUUUCGCGUCGGAUGAUCUGUUCACACAGACUUUCUACACGUAUCCCUUGGAGAUCAUUCUCCAUCCGCAGUACGAUCCAGUCACAUACGAGAACGACAUCGCUAUUCUGAAGAUUCCACCGGUCGGUUGCGAUAAACCCAAUAUCUGCACGGUCUGUCUGCCCGACGCACCAGUCGAUGCCAAUGCGUGCUCAGUGCGGGCGAUGCCGAAGAAUUUUGUUCAGGAUAACAAAAAACCGCUAAAGCAGGCAGCCGAGCAGUUGCUCAAGCAUCGGGAUGAUUAUUUGGAUGCCAGUGAGAAGCGACAGUUGGAGAUGCGCAGUGACCAACCGCAACUGCGCAGCGGACCAAUCGGAUCGGUUUGCGACAAGCGUUGCACCGUCAGCGGAUGGGGCACGACACGCGACCAAGAAAUUGCCACAGUUCUGCAAGAAACGAAAAUGGCUGUGAUCAACAACAGAGACUGCGAAGCGCGACUGAAGGCGGUGGGCGUGAGGAACUUCACCGUCAACAGAUCGAUGUUCUGCGCCAGAGCGAAUAAUGAUGAUUCCGGAACUUGUGAUAGAGACGGAGGAGGUCCUUUGGUGUGCCAAGCGGAUGACGGCCGAUGGGUGUUGCAUGGUUUGACGGCGCUGGGUUUGGACAACUGUCAGUUUGGUACGCAGGCACCCGGCAUGUUUGUUGAUGUGGGCAAGUACAUUGACUGGAUAACGAGAGUGGGUUUCGUCAAGCAAACCUCCUCCAUGGGCUCACGAUCUAUACCCGUUAAAUUAAACAUUAAUCUGGGCCCUUCUCAAAAACUCGAACUGCGAUCAAACGAACAGAAGAGUCCGACGGGAAACAGCACGGAUACGUCACUACAUUUGAAGCUGUUUUCUAAUAAAGCACCGGAGAACGUACCAUUGUUAAAACCGGUCAGCCCUGAACAGUUCAAAAGAAUUAAUGCUCCUGCUCCUAUUCAGAAUUCUUUGGACAAGAAGCGGUUUCCUGUUGAAAUAUAGUCCAUUCCGGGGGUAGGGAAAUGUCUGAGGGUUUUCUGCCGCUACUUUUAUUAUGUUCCGUUUCGUAUUCAGUCAACCGUGUCGUCGAUGUAUGUAUGGUGUUGUUUCGGUUUAAUUGUUAUGAAUUACAUAUUUAUUCCUCAAUGAGGAUAAAAAUGUCCUGUAAUGUGCACUGUAUUGUGUAAAAAAUUUUGUU